AUGAGUCAUAUUCCUGAAGGUCACCAAGGCACGUCCAUUCAUCAUAUAUCAGUCAUUAAAGGAAGUUCUCAAAGUGCGUAUCGAUGUGAAAUUCUCAAUCGCGAAUUUAUGUUCAGUGAUCAGUUAGCAACUGUUAUCAGUGGAUUGUACGGACAUGAUAUUGCUGAACAUACGCAUUUUUAUGUUGAUCAUAAACGUGUUAAUCGUCAUUCACUGUUAGAUGAGCAUCAAGGCAAAGAUGUUCACGUUUACUACGCAGAUCAUAUUCAUGAUCCCAACAGAAUCGGUUCGUUCUCUGUUCCUGUGCUUGAACAUCAUCAAAUACCAAGACAUCAUGAAAGCGGCGUCAUUCAAUAG